AACUCACUCUUGCAUGGUUUGUACCACUUCUUGAAAAACAGUUCAACCUACUUUUCAACUUCGAUAGUUUCAUUAUUGAAUUUGAAACUAUCUUCAGUAAUUCAGAUAAAGUUAGAACAGCAGCGAACAAGAUUCAAAAGCUCACUCAAGAGUUCAAGCCAGCUUUAAAUGAUUUUUUGUCACAAGA